CUUUCAGCCAUUAUAGAAUGGGCUGAAAUAUUGUAGGAGCCUUUUGACAAUUUUCGGGGAGAUCAUAUUUUCCCAUCAUAUAACCUUUUGAUGUACAUAACGUAUGCUCGCUAGUAUGCCUUUUAUUUUGAAAAUCUCAACCAGAAAUUCCUGUUUUUAAUUGAGUCGUACUAGCUUCAAGCUAGCCAGGCUAAGCUGUAAAGACUGUUGUACACUUUCGCCGCUUUCUGGAAGAGUUUGUCGUGUGUUUAACGAAGAGAGGAGAGGUUAAAAGGUACAUUUUGCUGGGAAGUUUCCAGAUACGCUUGUCAUUUCUCGGUUAAACAGUCUUUCACCCUUAAACUCGUGUCGCAGGAGAACCACAGUUCAGAGUGAAUGGCUGAAGGCUCCUCAGACCCACCUGACCUCAAUCCUGAUGGGACACCACAUGGAAAAUCUCAUCACCAGAAAUCCAGAAGAGGUCGAUCGAGAUACAACAAUGACAGAAACUUGAUGAGUGACAGUUAUGAUCCCACUCAACAAUCGGGACACUUUCAUCAUGGCUUUAACUCCCAAUCUAGUCACAAUAAUUAUGCAGAUAAUCAGAAUCCACCUCAGCUAAGAGAGGAUGGAGCCAGAAAGAGAGGACGAGGUAGAGGGAGGAAAGAAGGGAAUAGAGGUGGAAAUGGGAGUUCUAGCUCUUGGUUCCAAAGACCUGACUUUCAGAGUGGCACUAACAGAGCUGUCAGUGGCGAUCACUCUAGUGCUCUUCUCACAGGUGGACCUGAUGCGUCAAACUGGCGAAGACAAGAUGUGAAUAGAAAUUCUGAACACAACAGUGAAGAGCAGGCCGCCUGGACGAAGAGACCAUGGAAGUUUAGCCAAGAGCAGAGGAGAGAACAUAAUAAGAAAGGCAACACUUCAGUAGCCUUUCAGAGGGCAGAUGACACCAGAGGAGAAAACCACUCCACAGAACCGAGAGAGAGAUCUCAGAGGAGCAUGGAAGGUCCAGAUUUUCAUGAUCAUUUAAGGAAGCAACCGGGACCAAAGCGACGCCAAGGUCCAAUCAAACCGCCCAAACCACCAUCUCCAGAGGAGGAGGCGGGCACAGAGGGGGGAGCCUGUAGCCAAGAUAAUUCAGACCAUGGUCGAGCAUUUCAGAAUCCAAUCAGUAAAGCUGGGGGAGGCUCAGGAAGACCUGCACCUGCCCAGGCAAAAGCAGGGAGACGAACACACCAUCAAAACCACAAACCUGCUGUGAGGAACUUGAACAAGAUGCCAGAGAGCAAGGAGACACAGACGGGGUGUCUGAUUGAACAGCUUUCUCAAGAGAAGUACGAGUGCAUGGUGUGCUGCGAUAUAAUCCGACUCAUGGCCCCUGUGUGGAACUGCCAGAGCUGCUUUCACGUCUUCCACCUGAACUGCAUCAAGAAAUGGGCUCGAUCUCCAGCCUCUCAGGCAGAUGAUUCAGCUGAAGGGUGGCGCUGUCCAGCCUGCCAGAACGUCACCCUCAAAAACCCCACUUCCUACACCUGUUUCUGUGGUAAAGUGACCAACCCUGAGUGGCAGCGCAGUGAGAUUCCCCACAGCUGUGGUGACAUGUGUGGAAAGAAAAGAAGUGGAGUGUACUGCAACCACCCGUGUAAUAUUUUAUGCCAUCCUGGACCUUGUCCGCCAUGUCCUGCCUUUAUAACAAAAUCCUGCAUCUGUGGAAAGACCAGUCAACCAAUGCGCUGUGGUCAAGCUACUGUGCUCCAGUGUGACAAAGUUUGUGGUGCUUUACUCAACUGUGCUGAACAUUCGUGCACACAGGUGUGUCACACGGGGGCAUGUCAGCCCUGCCAGCUACAGGUGCAGCAAGUUUGCUACUGUGGAGUCACAACUCGUAAAGCCCUGUGUGGAACUGAUAAAGAAGGAUUCGAUGGUGUUGGACAUUUCUCAUGUGAAAAAAUAUGCGGAAAGAUGUUGGACUGUGAAGCCCACCAGUGUCAGCAGGUUUGCCACCGCGGUUCAUGCCAGCCGUGCACACUUUCCCCGACCCUGGUGAAGACGUGUCCCUGUGGUCAGACGCCGCUGGUCAAACUACUGGAACUGGGCUACAAAGAACGACAAAGCUGCUCCGAUCCCAUCCCUUCUUGUGGGAAGAUCUGCAACAAACCACUGGCCUGUGGCUCCAGUGACACCAUCCAUCUGUGUGAGAAUCUGUGCCAUGAGGGAAGCUGUGGACCCUGUUCCCUGACCUCUACUAUCAGAUGCAGAUGUGGCUCCAAGACCAAGGAGGUGCCAUGUGUGACAAUAGAGAAAGAAGAGGAGCUCGUCUUCUCCUGCGAGAAGCGCUGCAGCAAGAAACGCUCCUGUGGACGACACAAGUGCGGGGAGCUGUGCUGUGUGACUCUGGAGCACAAGUGCCCAUUGAUCUGUGGCUACAAGCUGAACUGUGGCCUCCAUCGCUGCCAGGAGCCUUGUCACCGUGGAAACUGUGAACCCUGCUGGCAGUCGAGUUUCGAUGAGCUGACGUGUCACUGUGGACUCACUGUGUUGUACCCGCCUAUCCCCUGUGGCACCAAACCUCCCGAGUGUAAAAGCCUGUGCACAAGAAGACACGAGUGCGACCACCCUGUGUUUCACAACUGCCACAGUGAAGACAAGUGUCCACCUUGCACAUAUCUCACUCAGAAGUGGUGCAUGGGCAAACAUGAGCAACGCAGCAACAUCCCAUGUCAUCUGCAAGACAUUUCUUGCGGCCUGACGUGUAACAAAACACUGCUGUGCGAAAUGCACCGCUGCAGACGGAUCUGCCACCGGAGCGACUGCCUGGCCGACGGCGUCUGCCAGCAGCCGUGCACGCAGCCUCGUCCAGACUGUGGCCACCCAUGCUCCGCUCCCUGUCAUAAAGGCAGCAGCUGCCCACGCACCACCUGCAGUGCCAAGGUAGCUCUCCAGUGUGACUGUGGUCGCAGGAAGGAUACGGUGAUGUGCACAGAAGCAGCCACUUCAUAUCAGAGGUAUGCAGCCAUCGCCAUGGCCAGUAAACUCACUGAUAUGCAGCUCGGCGAGUCCAUGGACAUCGGUCCACUCCUCACAAAGAGGGAGUUGAAACAAGCCAGACUUGAAUGUGACCAAGAGUGCGCUACGUUGGAGAGAAACAGACGCCUGGCUGAGGCGUUGCAGAUCGACGGGUCUACUGACCCCUUCAAUGUCCGCUCCACCUCCGUGUACAGCGACAGCCUCAAAGACGAUGCCAGGAAGGAUCUGAAGUUUGUCACGGACGUAGAAGAGGAGAUCAAGAAUCUUGUUGAGCUGGUUAAUAAGGGAAAACAUCCAAAGAGGAGCCACUUUUUCCCACCCAUGAACAGAGAGCACCGCAAGAUCAUCCACGAGCUCGCAGAGGUCUAUGCCGUGGAGAGCGUGAGCUACGACAGCGAGCCCAAACGCAAUGUGGUCAUCACUGCUCAAAAGGGGAAGUCAAAUUGUCCGAACUCGUCGCUGAAAUCACUAAUUGAAAGAGAGAUGGCUGUGAGAGCCCCGCCUCCCAUCGCUCAUAACAAACAGCACAGUAGCAAGGUUGUCAGUGGAACCGCCUGGUCGAAGAUGGUUAAAGAAGAGCCUGUUAUAGAUUAUUUUGAUGUCAAGGACUGAAAAGGAAAAGAUGACAAAUCAGGAUUCCCGUCAGUCUUCAUCUGCCAAAAAAAGCCGCAUUUGUGUUCAUCAAAAAUCAAUAAAACUUCCGGUGACUUCAAAA